AUGGCACAUAUCGUGAACCCUAGCCAGAUAGCUGCGAUACACAGAGAUGGUGAGAAUCUCGAGAAAAUUAAACAGCCGCCAAACCCACCACCAAACACGCAAUGGAUCGGUGGAUACAAGAUCGGGGUUGGAUCCUUCGGUGUUGCGACUCUGUGGGUGCUGAUUGACUGUUCCACCCGCAGAGCCAUCAAUCACGCUGUCAUAAAAGACUCCUUCGAACCAGAGACGCACUCGACUAGAGAAGAAGGCCUCUACGAAGGAAUCUGGUAUCAACUNGCACAAAAGGGCAUGGAUUUUGGCGUGGACCCUGCUUACAAAAAUAGUAUCAUCCCAUUUGCAGAUCGUGAAGUGAGAUUCCUCAAGGAGGCGUAUCUGCAAGGCAUGAUGACAGUGCCCGACUCGAGCGAGGAGAUAUAUUGCAACCCUCUAUGGGGAUAUGCAAGAAAGGAACUGGAAAAUCCUUACUCAAGGGAACAUAAUCACUGGCGGUUGUACAUGCCUCUGUACGAUUAUGGAGACCUCGAAGGUCUGAUCAGAGCCCACUUUUUCAUAAGCAGGGGAAUACCAGAACCGUUCAUCUGGCACACCCUUAUUUGCUUGAUGAAGGGUGCUGUCCAAUUGGAAGAACAAGCUCGAUCGCGUCUGGACUACACGGACUCGGAUGUGAUCGUCGUGUUCGACAUCAAGCCAGGGAAUAUCCUUCUUGCUCCACCUGAUAACCGAAAGUCGUUUCCCAUCUACCCUCGCCCACAUUUCGCAGAUCUUGGAGGCGGGAACCUCACUAACAAAGACGAUUGGGACAACAAAGUUCAUGAGCAGUCUUUUUCCUAUACCCCUGGCUAUAUCGCUCCGGAAAUGUGGAGGCCACCUCCCGGACCGAGACUGCUACCGAAUCAUGUGUUACGUGGUACACCCACCAAUGUUUGGCAGAUCGGACGACUAGCCGAGCAUAUGAUGAAGUUGUGUGAUAGGCUCCCCGACAUAGUCUAUCAAUCAGGGCGGCAAGAAUCAGAUAUGACGCCACAGAUAAUCGGCUGGCAAGGCACACUUCCUGGUCAAAACUACUCAAUGCCCCUUAAAAAGAUGGUUGCUCGGUUAUUGCAAUUCGACCCGGAGAAACGGCCUUCACCUCAGAAAUUCUUGGAGGUCGUUGACAAGCCUGGACUUGCGUUCUUCAAAGGCAUGGAUUCGUUUGGCAGUGAUGCAUGGUUCCUAGACCAACAACAAAGGCGUGCUGCAGCAGGUCCAACCCCUAAACCGACAAAUCUCAAUGAGGAUAUCGCUGCACGAGACGCUCAAGAAGAGGCAAAGAGGCGGCUUACAAAAGCUAGACCAUACUUACGCGCGUGGGGUUCGUCGCGAGCGAGUGAAUUUGCUUCUCUAGGUGUGUUCCCACCUGAGGAGCUUGAAGUCAUGUACACAAACGAAGCAAACUGGUGGGCUACGGAUCCUCAGGAUCUCGUUUAUGCGAAUGGCGGUCUUGUGUAUCCGCUGCCGAAGGCUACAGAGGACACGAUUGACAUUGAUAAGAUGAAGUUGGAUGACGAAUCGUCGAGUGCUCAUAUACGUUGA